UAGAAGCUGGAAACGAAAUUCGAUUCGGUAGGGCCCGAAAAGCCCCGAGGAAUGGUGAGGUUCAAACGGUGUCACUGUCACGUAUGAACCACGUUGCCGCGGCGUGCAACCAUCUGCCAGAGUGCCACGUGCACUGAUGACUUGUACAGGUGUAUUUUCUAACGGCUUACCGUUACAUUCUAAUAAGCUCACAGGUUAGGCAAUUCUAUUGACAAAGGCCGGAGAGUGAGACACAACCGCUAUCGUUAUCGGGGGUUCGUUGACAAAGCCGAACCCAGCUCUAUCUAAGCUCUAUGGUUACCUUGAGACCAAGGUGGUUUCAGCGCAGUGGACCACAUGGUCGCGAGGUGCUGACACCGGAGAAAACCUUGCACUUGCAUGACUUGCAGUACCCACACCUCAGACGCCGCAGUGGUACCUGGUACCUGCUAUUACUUUUAGACGAAUUUCGUGCUGCUUACUUUCGGAAGAUCAAAGAGAAGAGCUAUAGAGUAUAAGGAUGAGGACCAGAACUUGCUCGCGGACAAGGACCAUUAGCACCUCGUCCCAGUCUUCCUACAUCGAUAUUCCUUCCCCGGUUGGCCGCCGGAUCCGCAACGAAUCAAUCCAAAGUCGUUGCUCCAUCCAAGACCCCGCUCUCCUCCACGCCGGGGAGAUAGUUCAACUCCUAGAUGACGACUUCUCUACCUUAGACCCCGCCCAGCCCAAACGGCCGCUAUGGCAGCUCGUCCUGCUGAACAUGGUCGUCUUGGGGAUCGAGUUCUGUUACGCUGUGGAGACGGCGCUGGUCACCCCCCUUUUGCUACAGAUGGGCCUGCCCAAGUCGCUCUACAGUCUGACCUGGAUUGUCAGCCCCACCCUGGGGUUCUUCCUGAACCCCCUGGUGGGGUCACUCAGUGACCGCUGUUCCUGUGCCUGGGGGAGGCGCCGGCCGUUCAUUCUCGCCCUCUGUAUUGGGAUUGUCAUCGGAUUCACCCUGUUUCUUAAUGGGAAGGAUAUUGGAUUGCUUUCUGGAGAUACUGUGAGCAACCAUGCUAUUGGGCUGAUCAUAACCAUCGUUGGUGUGGUCAUCCUUGACUUCUGCGCCGAUUCCUGCGACAGUCCAUCCAAGGCCUACAUCAUCGAUGUCUGCAACCUUCAGGACUUGGACAGGGGGCUGAACAUCAGGGCUGUCCUGGGGGGUCUUGGAGCGGGGGCUGGCUACAUCUUCAACAGCAUCGACUGGGAGAGCAACGCACUCGGCCAGAUCCUAGGCAACCAGUCGCGUGUUGUCUUUGUCUUCACGUUUGCCAUCUGCUCGCUGUGCUUCACGCUGACGCUCUUUAGCGUAAAAGAAAAACCACUGGUUGCCUGCAAUGAGGACAGCAGCGACACAUCCGAGUCGUCACAGUCGGGGAAUGGUUACCAGGGAUUGGAAGGCGGGGUCCCAAAGUCCAUCCCCCAGAAGGAGCUGAGCUAUGAUUCCAUGAUUAAGACAAACUCGUCAGCGAUCAUGAGCCCCUCGCUGAACGACACGCUCUCUUCCAAGGAAUCAAAGAGCUACUCUGGAUCCAACGGAAUGACCUCAAGUAACCCCUCAUCUUCCCAACCUCAGAGCCCGGAGACGAGAGACCCCCAGCCCAAUGAGGAUUCAGUCUCAGUUGGGAGGCUUCUUCUAUCUGUGGUGAAGAUGCCCCGAGAGCUGAGAUGGCUCUGUCUGAAUCACUUCCUUGGGUGGACAGGCCUUCUUGCUAUUUUCCUCUUCUACACUGAUUAUGUUGGAGAGGUGGUUUAUAAAGGUGACCCUACAGCUCCUGAGGGGUCAGAAGGUCGUCGCCUGUUUGAAGCAGGGGUCAAGAUGGGGUCAUGGGGAAUGGUUGUAUUCUCAGCGUCAGUCGUCAUUUCUGCAGUUGUCUUGGACAAAUUGUCCACCUACAUCUCUACCCGUACGGCCUACGUCUGGGGCCAGACGGCGUUUGCCGUUGGCACCGGCUGCAUGGCCAUCUUGAGCCACAGCGUCCCCGCGACCCUAGCCCUCAACGCGACCUCGGGGCUCAUGUUCGCGACAGUCACCACGCUGCCCUUCGGCAUCGUGGCCGACUACCACCAAAGCUACCAGACCAUGCAGGACAGCGAUCGAUCGCAGCGUGGCCUGGGCACCGACGUGGCCUGCCUCAGCAGCGUCAACUUCCUGGCUCAGAUCGUGGUCUCUGCGCUCCUAGGUCUCAUCAUCACUGCCGUGGGCUCCAAGCUCGCGAUCGUCAUCUUCGCCAGCGGUGCGGCCUUCCUUGCGGCGCUUGUCUCGGCCGUGUUUGUCGUUUACGACGUGAAGAAGAGGGAACGGGGUUCAGUCGCCGAACGGCAACCACUCAUAACCUAAAACUGUGCUUAUUUCAGUUUAUCCUUAACUAGCUAUUUAGGCCACAACUGGAAUACAAGACUACGGCUUGCAUUUAUACACGCGCCUAUGGAAGCGGCUGCAGCCACUUUCCAUAGAAAUGUGUGUAACGGCUAGCCAUAGCCAAGUCAUUCGGGCGUGUCCUUAGACUCUUUUCAAGCUACUCUCAGCAGCUGCAGCUGUUAAUAUUUUAUGCAACAUUCCAAACAAGCACUACACAUUUG